UUUCUUUUUUGAAGCUCCUCAAGUUGAGAGAGAUUUGUGCCUUUGAACUCCAUGGUAUAUUCAUCCUCUAACAGCGACACAGAGGACGACAGCUCCAAAUCCAAUUCCAACCUGAGCCUCUCUGUGGGCUAUUUCCCCUGUGAGGACACCCCCUGUGAGGACACAACCUCCUGGGAAGACGCACCUUCCAAGGGUCCUUCCAUCCACUUUCUCCCUCCCAUCCAAGGGGCAUGGGGGACUGAAAGGAUAGGGAGACGCAUGAAGAGAAAAGACCAAAUUCAGGAUGAACCAGAGCAGUUUUGCAAACUAAGCAUCUUCCUGGCCUGGGACGUGGACAUUGGCUCUGACAACACAGACUCAAUAGCUAAUAGGCUUCUAAAUGGAGACAACCAGUGGAUAGACAAGUUCCCAAAAGAGAGGACAAAACUGUCUGUUGGCAAACUGAAUAAUCUUGUGCAAGAGUUUCAGACAUUUCUAGAAAAUCUGAAAGAUGAUGACGCUGUAUUUCCUGAAACUGCUCAGAAAGAUUUCCAGCUGUCUGGUGGCUCCCCUCCGGAAAUGGUUCAGAUGAUAAGUCAGGCAACUGCCAGCCAAAGGACAAGUGCUCCAGAGAUCUCCUCAAUCCUGUCACAGCAGCCAGAGAAGGAUGACACUCCUUCCCACACACGGACCCAGUGCUGCCUGAACUUUGGGUGGGCCUUCAGCUGGCUGAGGCAGCAUAUCCUCUCCCCUCUGCUGAGGAGGGAUCACCCUGUGAAUACCACCAAGAGCCCCCAUCGGUCAGCACCAACAAAAAGACUCUUUCACAGAGGCAAGAGAAUUCAACCUCAAGAAACCCUUGAAUUAGGACAUCCCAUAUAG